AGCCGUCUUUGGGAAGUGCAAUUGACUAUUACUGACGAGAGUGAUCCACAACUGACUGGUCUUACUGAUUGCAUCAAACAGGAUGUUCGAGGUCCGACUGGAUGGUGUCGAAUGGGCCAAUUAAUGCUCAAAGUGGGUCAUUUCGAUCAAGCUGAGGAACUCUACAAUGAAUUACUUGGGAAUGCUUCUGAUGAUAGUGAUAGGGCACAUAUCUAUCACCAACUUGGGGUGAUGAAAUAUCAUCAAGGUGAAUACCAACAAGCAGUUACUUUCUAUGAAAAAUCACUCGAAAUCUACCG